CUCUCAUAUAAUGCUGUCCCUCCCCUCCCGCUCCCGGCCUUUCUCUCCCUCCCCCGGUGCUCCGAUCGAUCAUCCCAUUCGCCCGCCGUCAUCACUGCGAUCCUCCACGCCUGCCCUUCCGGCCCUCCCCUUUUACAAUUACACCGCCACAAGUGAACCCACAACCGUCGCUACUUAAGCGCACCCCGCACAACCCUACAUUGCUUCUUCUUGCUUUCCUCCACGCGCGCCACCCCACUCUUUGCUCACUUGCUCUAUCCACCACGCGCAAAUCGAGUUGCUACUUCAUGGGCCUCCAGCUCGAUCAACUCGAGCUGCCGUCUCACCAGCUCCCUCCGGUGCGGACGUCCGCGACCGCCGCCGACGACGAAGACGGAUAUGCCACGCCGACGUCGGAGGCGAAGGUGCUGCGCGCGCCGUCGGUGUGCCCCCCGGCGCCGAUGAAGCCCAGGCCUGCGCGGGCCAAGAGGAAGCAGCAGCACUGCUACUACCGCGGGCGGCGGCGCCGGUGCAACAGCGGGCCGGUGCAGGCGCGCUACUGGACCGUCGCCGUGCCACACGACCUCGCGGCGGUGUUCGUCGCGCAGCGGCCGUCCUCGCCUUCGAGCUCGCUGUGCCGGCCGCCGGCAGGCAAGAAGAUCCGCGUGCACGUCGUAGGCUGACACCGGCACAUGCAUGCAUGCAUGCAUCCGCGGUCCAAACGAGCGGGCAUGCCCAUGUGUGUGCCGCCGAGCCGGCGUCCAUGCAUGCAUAGAAGAUGUGAGCCUGUGAAUGUCCACAGCAUUGUCUAGCGAUAGCUAGUUUAGUGCUUAUAGCUUAAUUAUUAGCUCAACCGGCCUAGCUAGCAGCUUAGUUUAAUCUAGCUCCUUGCGCUCAAAUAACCAAGUGUACAUGUAGUUGACGAUGGCCCACGUGAUCUUGGUAAUUGUUAGCAAAAUGAUGUGUCAAUGGAGUUGCAUAGAUCGACAGCAGGUUAAUUAGCUGAGGAAUUGUUCGUGUCUGCUGUGAACUUGUGAUGACCGUUUCGUAAGACGGUGCGGAGUAAGAAAUGUAUUAUUUCUUUGUUUUGUGGAAAGGCUUAAGAUCAUAUAUUGACUAUCACAUGUCCUUACAAACACACUCUAACCGCAAAAAAAUUUACGUUCAAAACAAUGGGAGAGUCGAUGUUUUCUUCCCCUUGCAUCCACCGACGGCACACCAUAUAUGAGCACCGAUCGAUGCCGCCUCUGGCCUCUACCUCAGGUGGAGCAAACAUUUUAAAACCAAACCCAGUAGCUUUUGCAAAACAGCCGACAGAAAGUCGUCGAUGCUUACUAGGUUAAACUAGCGACAAUGCAAAGCAAAUUGCCAUCCUCAGGAAGAA